GGGUAUAAACGGACGCAGAACACAAAUGUAGAGAGAGAAACUGAGAGAAGCAAAGAGAGAGAGAGUCUUCCCUUGUAAAAGUCGAGGGUUUUUGCUUCUAGGAUAUACACAUACAUAUACAACACAUACAUAUACACACAGACAGCAAUGCGAAGAGCUAAAAUGACUGGAAUAGAAUAAUUUCGUUGGCGAAUCGUACAAAGGCUCGCUUUAGAGUAUAAUUUGACACAGUCAGUCAUCAAACACGCCUCACACUAAAAUCUUCAUCUUCCAAAACCCUAAAUCUUCCAUCUUCUCUCUAGUUCUCAAUUUCACUGAUCUGGUUCCGAACACUAUUAUUAUUCAUCUCUGGAGCAUAUACUGUGAUUGAUUGUUAUCAUCGAUGGCUCUCUCAGCUUCCGACCUACCUGCAAUGUAUAAUUUGCUCACCAAUUCGUUAAGUGGGGACGAGAACGUGCGCAAACCGGCCGAAAUCGCCCUCUCUCAGUCGGAAAGCAAACCAGGUUUCUGCUCUUGUCUCAUGGAAGUGAUAAGUGCAAAGGAUUUGGCAUGUCAGGUGGAUGUUCGUUUGUUGGCAUCAGUUUAUUUCAAAAAUACCAUUAACCGGUAUUGGAGAAACAGGCGUGAUUCAGGGGGCAUAAGCAAUGAAGAAAAAAUAUAUUUGAGACAAAAACUGUUGUCACACUUGAGAGAAGAGAAUUAUCAGAUUGCUCUUACGUUGGCUGUGCUGAUCUCAAAAAUUGCUCGUAUUGAUUAUGCCAAAGAAUGGCCAGAACUCUUUUCUGUUUUAGCACAACAGCUUCAAUCGGCAGAUAUUCUUACUUCCCACAGGAUCUUUAUGAUUCUUUUCCGAACCUUGAAGGAGUUGUCUACUAAACGUCUUACUUCUGACCAAAAGAACUUUGCUGAGAUAUCAUCCCAUUUGUUCGAUUACAGCUGGCACCUUUGGCAGAGGGAUGUGCAAACUAUACUACAUGGUUUCUCUGCACUUACUCGGAACUUCAGUUCAAAUGCUUCAGGGCCACAUCAUGAUGAUCUUUAUUUGACAUGUGAGAGAUGGUUUUUAUGUUCAAAGAUAAUACAGCAACUGAUAAUUUCUGGGUUUCCAAGUGACGCGAAAUCAUUAAAGGAGGUUCAUCUAGUCAAGGAGGUCUCUCCUAUGCUGUUGAAUGCUAUUCAGUCACUUCUUCAAUACUAUUCAUCUUCCCAGGAUCAGUAUCCUCAAUUCUGGGACUUCUUAAAGAGGGCUUGUACCAAAUUGAUGAAAAUUUUGGUCGCAAUUCAGCACAGACAUCCUUAUUCCUUCAGUGACAAGUGUAUCCUUCCACUUGUCAUAGACUUCUGUUUGAAUAAUAUCACAAAUCCGGAACCAGAUCUAAUGUUAUUUGAGCUAUUCCUCAUUCAAUGUAUGUCGAUGUUGAAAUCUGUCUUGGAGUGUAAAGAAUACAAACCAAGCUUGACUGGUCGUGUGGUUGGUGAGAACGGGAUCACACUUGAGCAGAUGAGGAAAAAAAUCACCAGUGUUGCUGCUGGUGUUCUUUCCUCCCUUUUACCCAGUGACAGGGUAGUACUCUUGUGCAACAUAUUAAUAAGAAGGUUUUUUGUUUUAACGGCAAAUGAUUUGGAGGAGUGGUACCAUAGCCCUGAGUCUUUUCAUCAUGAGCAGGAUUCAGUUCAGUGGGAACUAAAGCUGAGGCCAUGUGCUGAAGCCUUAUAUAUUGUUUUGUUUGAAAACCAUAGCCAACUGCUAGGUCCAGUUGUUGUUUCGAUUCUUCAAGAGGCAAUGAAUGGUUGUCCUGCUUCAGUAACUGAAAUCACUCCAGGGCUGCUUCUUAAGGAUGCUGCCUAUAAUGCUGCUGCAUACGUUUAUUAUGAGCUCUCAAAUUAUCUGAGCUUCAAAGACUGGUUUAGUGGUGCAUUAUCUCUAGAACUCACAAAUGAUCACCCAAACAUGCGCAUCAUCCAUAGAAAAGUUGCACUAAUCCUUGGGCAAUGGGUUUCUGAGAUUGUCGGUGACAUAAGAAGACCAGCAUACUGUGCUUUGAUCAAAUUGCUUCAGAACAAAGAUCUAGCUGUCAGACUGGCAGCUUGUCGGUCUUUGUCUUAUGUUAUUGAAGAAGCAAACUUCUCAGAGCAAGAUUUUUCUGAUCUUCUUCCACUGUGUUGGGAUUUAUGUUUUAAAUUGGUGGAGGAAGUGCAGGAGUUCGAUUCAAAGGUUCUAGUUUUAAAUUCAAUCUCUGUUCUUAUCACACAUGCUGGUGAAGUCUUUCCAAAUGCAAACAAGUUGGUGCAUUUUUUCCAGAAGGCAUGGGAGGAAUCUUCGAAUGAAAGCCUUCUGCAAAUUCAGCUUCUUACUGCUCUAAAGAACUUUGUGACUGCACUUGGUUAUCAGUCAUCCAUUUGUUAUAACAUGCUGCUGCCCAUUUUACAAUGUGGAAUUGACAUAAAUGGCCCAGAUGAACUUCUUGAAGACAGCAUGCUGUUAUGGGAAGCCACACUUUCUAAUGCCCCCUCAAUUGUGCCUCAACUAAUGGGUUAUUUCCCAUGUCUACUGAAAAUCUUGGAAAGAAGUUUUGAUCAUUUAAAGGUUGCUGCCAAUAUCAUUGAAGACUACAUAGUUUUGGGUGGAAUGGAUUUUCUAAAUAUGCAUGCUUCUAUUGUUCCUAAACUUCUUGAUCUGGUUGUUGAAAAUGUAAACGAUAGGGGGUUGCUCUCAGUUCUUCACAUCAUUGAAAUUCUAAUUCAGUGUUUCCCUGUGGAGGUACCCCAAUUGAUCAGCAGUACUCUUCAGAAAUUAAUCAUUAUAUGCUUGACCGGAGGAGAUGACCAUGAUCCUUCUAAGACAGCUGUAAAGGCCUCUUCAGCAGCCAUCUUAGCAAGGAUUUUGGUAAUGAAUACCAAUUACCUUGCUCAAUUAACAUCAGAAUCAUCACUGGUGUUAUCCCUGCAGAAGGCGGGUUUCUCAACCGAAGAAAACGUGCUUCUUUGUCUGGUGGACAUAUGGCUUGACAAGGUCGAUAAUGUAACCUCUAUCCAGAAAAAGACAUUUGGUUUAGCCCUUUCUAUAAUAUUGACUUUGCGAUUGCCUCAAGUACUUGACAAACUUGAUCAGAUCCUUAGUGUAUGUACGAGUGUAAUAUUGGGUGGAAGUGAAGACUUAACUGAGGAAGAAUCCAGUAGCGAUAAUAUGAGCUCCAGCAGGCUUCAUGUUCCAAGCAAAGAAUUCAGGAGGCGGCAGAUCAAGUUCUCAGACCCUAUAAACCAGUUGUCAUUAGAGAAUUCAGUGAGAGACAACCUUCAAACAUGUGCUGCCCUUCAUGGAGAGAAUUUUAAUUCGGCCAUUAGUAGAAUGGAUCCUGCAGCAUUUGCUCAAGUAAAGCAAGCUUUGAAAAUGUCAUAGGCACCUAGCAAAAAGAGAAUUUUUUUUGGUUGCCUGAAACUCCAAUAUUUUGACAGCAGAGUGGUCUUACGUCCAGGGUCAUUCAAGUUUCCUCUAAUCCUGUAAAUUGGGAAGAUAUGGGGUGUCAACGGAGCUGCUUUGAUUAUAUGUGGUGGUGCGUUCUGUAUUCUUUAAUUUUUCUUCUAGUCGUUUGGGCUUGAGCUUCUUUCCCAUUUAUCAGAUUACAGUGGCUGUAAAUGCUUCUUUGGCACAAUCACACUGUAUAUAGGGCGUGUGACCCUUUUUUCCAUAGUAUUUGAGGUAUAAGGGUCAGCGUUAAUUUCACCACAGAUCUGAUUCUAUAGUAAAAGAGUGGGGGUUGACAGAAAAUGAGAGUUAGAAAGUUGAAUGUGUAAGGUUUUUCUUUAUCCAAAGGUUUUGUUUGUGUAUUGUUUCUCGAUUGUCUUGCAUUCAAGCAGUUUAUUGAAGAACCCUAGUGAAGAUUAAAAGCAAUGUUGAUUUGAGAUUGAAUAAUGUUGUUUUCUAUCAAUUAGUAAAGUGAUUUCUUGUUUCCUUUCCGCAAAA